AUGCAACAGUUAAAAUUAACCUUCAUAAAUUACUUCUUGACAUAUGUUCAGGUUGAGUGCGUACAAUGCGUACAAUUGUGGCGUGCGGCAUCGCAACGAGAUACGAGAGCUUGCGGACCUCAUGCGAAGACAUGCAAAGGGAAUGCAUGCUUUAUGCGUAAGUAUACUGAAAUUCAUAGGAGUGCUAAAAUCGAACUUGUAUUUCAUAGGAAGCUGUUUUUUUCAGGCCAAUGUAAGCACUGCCCCGUAUACCAAUACAUGUCCGGAUGUGUCGUACUAACACCAUGGCAAAUCGCCGAUUUGGAGGUGAAUCGUCGACGAUCUGAGCUGAAGCUGAGGCGUGUUGGAUCGGAGCUGUUAUGUGAGGACACUUUUAAUCAAACAACCUGUAUUUGCAACAGAAGGGACAAGUGCAAUUCGAUGUAUGCCCGUUUACCAUUUUCCACAUACGGUGAAGGAAUAUUUAAUGGUGUCGUAAAUUUUGAUCAAAUUAUUGCCGAGUUGGAUCCGAGGUACCUCGAGGUAAUCUCCGGUUAUCAGUACCGGUUUGCUAAAAGCUCAACAACGGCUAGUAAUAUUACACUAGUUACUCUAUUGUUAUUGAUUGUUACUGUAUUAGUAUGUAUUUCGUUUUGA